ACAAAAAUAAUUAUCAGGAAGUAGUUAUGCACAUGAAAGAUCUUCAAUCUGAUGACUCAUUGAGUUGAUCUCACGUAUUUUGAUUGACAAGUAGUACUAAUUUGUGUAGUGCAAUGACGAGAGGAUCAUAUUCUGAUACCAUAUGCCAUGUAGUAUACAGAUUCAAUUAAUGGCUUGUUGGUGGUUAUGUUUGCGCACAACUCGGGCUUUAAAUAUCUACGUGACAGAUACCAAUCGCAUUUUUAAAUACAAAAUCUACAUCUAUCAUUAUUCAAAAUUCAUCCAUACCCACAGAUAGAAUGAAUUCGAGCCCUUGGGCAUGCAAAUAAUCAGUAAAUUGUGGCUGAAUCCUAAAUGAAAACUGCAAAUCCUGUCUCAGACAACAGCGCGACCCUAACCUAAAACUGUCUUGUUUGGAAUGAGAGGUCAAUGAGAUAGAGUACCUUUAUACCAGAAUAGUAAUGGAAACAAAUAUUGAUACAGGAUUCAAAGUUAAGAAUGACUCUCCGGCAACGGAACACGCUUCCAAUUGUCAAGAGUAUGUUGAUCAGUUUUCAUCUCCAUACGUCAAAGAAGAAUUGCCUUAUAUCAGCGAGGAACUUGUUCACACUAACACUUUCUCUCGAUGCACACAGGCUGGGCGUCUUAAGGAAUGUAUACGGCCACAGGACCAAAAAAUUACUGGAUUUGGAACAAAGGAUGAUUUUGCAGAUAAUGAAACAUCGUCGGAGAACAAUUUCAAUUGCAGAAAUGGUAGAUCGAGCAGCAUUUUUUCGUGGGAUUCUUUAAUGAAAUCGUGGCAGGAUCCUCCAACUCACUGCGAUAGAGAUGUUUCAAAAAGUAACACUGUAAUGGAAAAUAAUUACAAGUACACAGUUCGUUCUGACCAAGAACAGUCAAGUACUUCCACCGAAAAUGUUAUGCCUGGACAAUCAAAUGAUUUUGCACAAGCUGAAAAAGAGGUAGAAGAAGACAGGGCGCAAUGUGAACUUUGUAAAAAAUGGGUCAGAAAAAGCUACUUGAUACGUCAUACCAGAGGGCAUUAUGCAAAGAGAACUCAUAAGUGUCCCCAACCGAAUUGCAAUAAGUCUUUUAUACAAAAAUCGAAACUCCUAGCUCACACUCAGGUACACAACGGCACUAGACCGUACCAAUGCAACAUUUGUCAGAAGAAGUUUUCCCAGAGUUCCCACUUGACUGUUCAUAUAAGUGUUCAUACAGGUGAAAAACCAUUUGAAUGUAACAUUUGCAACAGGAAAUUUACCCAGAAAUCCGCAUUGACUGUACACUCCUUAAUUCAUACUGGACAGAAAUCCUAUGAAUGCGGUGUUUGUCAAAAGUUUUUCAGACAAAAAUCACAUCUGACUGUUCACAUGAAGUUUCAUGCUGGUAUUAAACCAUAUGGUUGUACCAUAUGCAGUAAAUCGUUUACUAGAAAGUCGAGUUUAAAUCGACACGAGUUAACUCAUAGUAAAAUGAAACCACACAAGUGUCGUAUCUGCAAAAAAUCGUUUAUACAAAAAUCGAACUUGAGCCGGCACAUACAAACUCACAUGGAGCACGGUGUAACGAAUGAAUUUGUUGAGUGUAUAUUGCCGGAAAUGAAAACCGACCAAUUAUAUCGUACUUGAAUGUGAUUGUUAUAUUGUAUAUUUUACAAGAAAUGUUAUUUAUUAUUAUCACAACAGAUUGCAAUAUGACUUUGUUAUUCGCAUUCUACGUAUUAUGUAAAAAACAUGUAUGUGCAUAUUGAUUAUGAAAAACGUUUUCAAAGUUGAUGUUGAGAUGUGCUAAUUCUCACGACAGAGCUCAUAAAGAUUUCAUGUUCUUUCUUGUGGGAAUUUGAUAACAGGAAAUAUAACUCCUGAAAAAAACAGAUCUGCAUAUGCCUGAGACAGUCUCAACUGAUUAACAAUGUAUUGAAUUCAAGAUUCAUUGAAAUCUCCGACAAAGAUGUCUUGCUGUCGAAGAAUUUACACUUAAUCAAUUCUCAUCACCUUUCAGAUAUGUAAAUCUUAUUACAUCAAAUAUGUUUAUACCUAGUACGAAUAUUGAAUCUUCCGUUGUACAGUAAUUAGGAAUCUAAGAUAAAAGAUAUUGCAGGCCCUCGAAAUCAUGUCAUAAUAUACAUAUACAUCUAAUAAUACACGAUUUUUUAAAACUA